AUGGGAAAUAGAAAGGAUACUCAGAAGGUCAAGGACACCAAGACCAACUUUAGGUGGUCACAACCAAUGCAAAAUUUAUUACUUGAGAUACUUGCAGAUGAGGCUCUUCAUGGAAACAAGCAAUCCAACACAUUUAAACAUGCAUCAUAUGCUAAAGUAGCUGAAGCAAUUACUGAGAAAUUUAUGACUGAAUGUACUCCAAAGCAUGUGGAGCAUCGCUUUAAAACACUUAAAACCAAUUGGAAUACAAUUGCAUUACUUCGUAAUAAGAAAAGCGGGUUUGGAUGGAAUGAUGAUUUGAAAAUGAUCACCUGUGAUAGGACAAUGUAUGAUGAAGAAGUUAAGGAUAUGGCUACAGGAGGUUUUUCCAAGGGAGUAGGUGAUAUAGGUGUAGAAGCAUUGGAUGACUCACCUCCGCUUGUUGAUGCUGAUGUUGAUGACAUAUCCAAAAAGAAGCAAGUUGAUCCCUCACAUGUGGCCUCAAAUGAAACAAGGUCUCACAGGAAACGAAGUCACGCUACUAUGAUUGAAGAUGUUGUUUACCAAGAUUUGUCCAUACAACUUGGUAAGGUUGCUUCUGCAAUAGAAAAGAUUUCUAAAAAUCAGCUAAAUUUUUGUAGUCUUUAUGAAGAAGUUAUGAAGAUGGAUGGAUUUGAAGAAAAUAUGCUUGCAUCUACAUUUGACCAUUUGAAUGGGGAUGAAAAACAAGCAAGGUCAUUCAUGUUGAAAAAUGACAAGCUCCAUAGACAAUGGUUGCAGAACUUCUUUGACAACUAUUUAAGACAAUUUUGA